AUAUUGGAGAGAAGAGAUUAGAUAACAGCAACAUCUCUACAUAUAUAUCUGCAUAUCACUAUAUUCGGAUUUAUACGCAAAAAAAAAAAAAAAAAAAUUCCUAAAUCUCAGCAACUUCUCUACGCAAUCUCACCAAAGACACAUUUUCAGGACGGAUUCAAUUUCUUUUCGUUUUUGGAUUCAUGGGUGAGCCUGUGGCUUGACAAGUAUACUUGCUAGUUUUUCAUUCAACCAGUGUAUUUUUCAAGUUUUGUAGUGCUAUCCGGUAAUUUGAAGCCUUUGUUUGAGUGCUUGCCUUGUGAUUUGCUUUAUAGAGUUGAGUAAAGAUUCAGUAGUUUUUCGGAAUUGGUAACAGAAUUUGAGAUUCCGAAGCUCUGUAGGGACUAUACUUAGAGGUCUUCCUCUUGGUAAGUAUAAAUGCAGUUGAAUGAUUAUUUGCCCGAAAAAUCUGUUUUUGACCAUGUAUGCUUUGUUAUUGUUUGUUCUUAUUUAUCUCGUAUAAGUAUGUGAUCACGUAACUAUGAUUAUUGUCUUGCACAAGCAUUCAACUCUGUAUUUCUAGGUUAUUUAUUUUGUUUGAACAUGUUCCACAUGAUCUUUGUGAGCUUUUAUGUUUCUAAGUCUCAAAAUGAAUUGAUUCUAUUCCAUUACUGAUAAGUUUUUCUUUCUGGAUUGUUUUCAUUCAGUAUGUUUUUUAUUAUUUGGAAACUUCUGUAUGUUCUUAAGAAACUUCGUUUGCAAUCAAUUUUUUUCUUGUGCAUUAUGCCUGUCAUUCUUUGAGGGAUUUGGUUUGUGGCUGGUUUAGUGAUCACAAUCACAACUUUCCCUUGCUUCGUGCUUCGACUUCAUUUAGAAAGCUUACUCUCCGCAGAUGUUAAUUUUCUCUUAAACUUCGAUUAAAGAUGGGCUAUACUUUUAGUCCUCUUAAGAAUAGUGAUAGUCAUUGGAUCAAGGACUUCAGUCAUAAAAAUAACAAUUAAGAUCUUUGAAGGUGAGAGGUAACUUUAUGGUGUAACAAAUAUGGGAAUGUUGUGAGAUUCUCCUUGGAUUUACAUGACCAACUAAGGGUAACAGGCUUGCAUCAACUCGGUGACUGGUUGGGAAAUGAUAGCUUCAUAAUUCUGCUAAGGAUGGACGAUAAAACCUGGUGAGAUGAUGAUAUGAGAAAGGUGGGUAGAAAAUGAUUUUCCGAAUGACUAGUUGGACUUGGGCUUGAAUAGAUAGUUGAAGAUACCUAAUUGGAAACAUUUGCUCUCUCAUUAUGACUUGUACAACAAAACUGAUUCGGUAAAUUUUGGCGGUGUAAUAUCGGGUUUAGUUUUGACAAAGAUUUGAAAUUUAUGCCUUUUCUUGUAUGUAAAAUGAACAUAAUGUGUAUGCCUUUUGGCAGAACAGAGUUGUUUAUUUUUUAUUUUUUUCAUUCUUGGUUUGUUGUUUUCUUUCUCUCUCCAAGUCAUUGAAUGGUGUAGUUGUUGCUUAUUUGCUAUUGAGUUAAUUUUUUGAAUGAUUAGAAUAUUGAAUUAUAUAAGAGUACUAGUGUUCUAAUGAGUUAUAAUGUGUUGAGUAAACUACACAGUAUCUUUCAAGAUGGCUGGUGUCAAAAGAAGAUUAUGUACUGAUUCAGAUAUCCGUGGUCUUCACAAAGAACUGGAUGAAAUUUCUUGCCCCAUAUGCAUGGAUCAUCCCCAUAAUGCUGUUCUGCUCCGUUGCAGCUCUCAUGACAAGGGUUGUAGAUCUUACAUUUGUGAUACAAGCCACAGGCAUUCAAACUGCUUGGACCGGUUUAAGAAAUUAAGGGACAGUACUACUGACAUUCCUACUGAAUCCAGUUCUUUAUCUGUCAAUACUUAUGGUACGAACACACCUUUGAGACCAAAUCUGAAUGAGGGUAAUGAUAAUCUGAAUCUUAAUGAAAACAAUGCUGUUUUAUCUGUUGAUUUGCAUGAAGAACAACCACAAGAAAAUAACAACACUCAAGGUCCAAAUAGUAUUUUAGAUACACAGGAAGGCAUUGUGGAAGCUGUUGAAUCUGAGUCUUUUAGAGAAAGGGUUGUUGAACUUGAUGAGUUAGAUGUGGAGAAUUCUUCAGAGCCCAAUUUGAGCUUGAAAUGUCCUUUGUGCAGAGGAGAUGUGCUUGGCUGGGAUGUUGUUGAAGAAGCAAGAAAGUACCUCAACUCAAAGAGACGAAGCUGCUCCCGCGAAACUUGCUCCUUUUCUGGUAACUACCAAGAGCUCCGCCGCCAUGCUCGGCGCAUUCAUCCUGCAACACGACCUUCAGAUAUUGAUCCAUCUCGUGAACGAGCCUGGCGACGCCUAGAGCACCAGAGAGAACUCGGUGAUGUGGUCAGUGCUAUUCGCUCAGCAAUGCCUGGAGCUGUUGUUGUGGGGGACUAUGUCAUUGAAAAUGGAGAUCGUCUAGCUGGUGAGAGGGCUAAUGGAACAAGUGAGGCUAACGGCCCAUGGUGGACUACUCUGUUUCUGUUUCAAAUGAUCGGUUCAAUGGACAAUGGUGGGGAAUCCCGACCAAGGCCAAGAGCAUGGACUAGGCAUCAUCGUCGUUCAGGUGGGGCUGUAACUGAUCGCCGGUUGAUUUGGGGCGAGAAUCUUUUGGGUCUUCAGGAUGAUGAAGAGGAAGACGAGGAGGAAGAACAACGCUUAUCAAGCGACGCUGGUGAAGAUACCUCUUCAGUUCCCAGAAGGCGUAGGCGCUUGACAAGGUCGAGGUCUGAUGAGGAACAGCCAUGAUGAUAGUGAAGCCAUUCUUUCCCUAUCUCUGAAAAAAGAAAAAGAAAGAUCCUGCUUUUUCGAUCUUUCAUGAUAGGGGAACAUGGUUUCAGAGAGCCGGACCGACACACCUGUUUGGUGGUGGAAGAGAGACGGCCUCAGUACAUGUAUGCCAGACAUGGUGAUGGGAAUUUCAAAGGGUCUUCACUCAAGUCUCUACCAGAACCAUGGGAAUGGAACCGAAAAAGAAAAAGCAUAGAAGAAUAUGCUGAUGGGAUCAUGAAUGAAUGUUUAGAAUCAAAGUUGAAGAAAGAUGUUUUAUGUAAUCCAAUUGUGUAUUGUGAAAUACUGUUGUGCAACUUUUGUAUGAUAUAAGUUAAGUUGAUUUCUCA